AGGUUUAACUUCCUCGGACAAGACAUUUGUCGAUAGCAACUGUGAGGUGCAUGUGUUCAACCCACACUUGGAUGUGCCAUCGCUGGGCGCUGUAGUAGGCGAGUUACACAAAGAGAAACACUACGGUAUCGCUUUCCAUCAGAUAUUACUGGCACCCUCAGGGGGUAAAGCAAGCGUACGCGAUCCGUCUUCGCAUCUGCACUACACUGAGAUGUCGCUCAUGGGAGUGCGCAAAAUGUUACAUCACGAGGCGUACGUCAUCGAUGUGCUAAAAAUAGAUUUAGAGGGCGACGAAUGGGAAGUGCUUGGUGACUUUGUGCGCAAUCCCGAGCAGCUGAGCGGUGUUAAAUACAUCAUGGUGGAGCUACAUCUGCGUCAAGGUCAGAUCUGGCGGUCGGGUCUGGAACUGCCAGAGAUCAUCGAGGGAGUGAAGAAAUUGGGCUACGAAACAAUUAGUUGCAGUCAGAAUCCCCAUAGCAACCAAGAGAAUCUAGGCGAUGGCAAGCACCCCUGCUGUCACAAGCUCACGUUGCGCAGGACCGUAAGGUGAAUGAAUAUAUACAAGUACAUACACAAGUGGUACCACAAUAAGAUAAGUAUUAAAUAAAUCUAUAGAUUAGUAUGCAG